UUGGUUCUUGGUUCUCGUUCGCAACCCUAGCCGUUUCCUUCCUCACGGCAGCCUCAAGCGAAGCGUCGAAGCCCUCUAUAAAACACGCGCGCAGACACACCCACCAAGCAUAAAUACUUGGACGUGGGUUGGCUUCACUGUGUUCGCCCAGUACCCCAGAGAUGGCGCUGCUGUCGGCCUCCUUCGCUCAACCCAUCUCCGGUCUUCCUCCGCCUCGCGUUUCCUCCAAGCCUCUGCCCCUUCUCAAGAACCGGUCCCUUGUCUUUCCUCGCAACAAUGGACUUGAGUGUUGCAGGAAAGUAGUUAGGAGAGCAACUACAUCAGAAGACACAUCAAGUCGAUAUCCUGGUGAAGAUCGUGAUGGUGUGACAAUUGUUGAAGAGGUUCCGAUUGAAACAAAUACCUACACUGAAAAUUUCUCAUCAGAAGUUCCCAAAGAAGAGUCACCCGCAGAUGUACAAGAACAAUCUUUUGACUUAUGGGAGAAGAUCAAUUCAAAGGUUGACCCAGAGGAUACACUUCCUAUUCUCUUAUUUGCUGGUGGUGCAGUGGUUGCCUUGUGGUUAGUGUCCGCCGUUGUUGGGGCCAUUGAUUCGAUUCCAUUGUUCCCUAAGCUGAUGGAAGUGGUGGGUCUUGGCUACACCUUCUGGUUUACUUCACGCUAUGUGCUUUUCAAGGAAAGUAGGGAAGAAUUGGCUACCAAAAUAGAGGAGCUUAAGCAGCAGGUUCUUGGUUCAAACGACAAGUAACAUAGUGCAAUCAUAGAUCACCUAUUCAUCAUGACUUUGCUUUAUUUAGGCAGAUGUAAAGUUGGGUUUUAGUCCAGUGGACACACAGAAUUAUGUAUAUCGGUUUUGUUUGGGUUCAAAGUAAAUAUAUAUGUUCAUGUUUUUGCCA